CACGUUUGCCAUUGGCCAACCGCCGCCGCCAUUACAGAUUCCGUUGUGAGUGACCGAGUCCCGUUCUCUACGCUCCCUUAAGUGUUUCUCAGACGCCAACAGUUAAAUAAAUUCGUAACAAGUGUAAAAAAAGGUGAGAUGAAGACGUACAGCAGAAAAAAGGGCGAUAGCCCUAGCAACGUGAUUAUCCACGUGAACGAGCUGUGCCGACUGUGCCUGGCAAAGGAGGAGGAGAUGGUGCCGAUUUAUGACGACGAAACUAUUCCCUUAUCGCUUCGAAUAAUGGCUUGUGUUAAUUUGGAGGUUUUCGAAGAAGAUGGUCUUCCAAAUAUGAUCUGUCAUCCGUGCAAAUAUCAAUUAGAAAAAUCAUACCAGUUCAAGAAGAAGUGCGAAGCUGCCGAUGCAAAGCUUCGAAAACAUAUGAAAUUAAUACAACAAUUAACGGGUCAAGACGAAGAAGGAGAAAAUCAAGACAGUAAUAGAGAAGAAUUAAAAGAUGGUUCUAAUAGCGGAAAAUCCAGACAAGUUAAACAAUUGUUAGCUGAUUUAGUAUCGACCAAAGCCGAUAGUGGACAGGCAGAUGGAGAUCCGAUCGAAGUCACAGAAGAAGAACUUGUCGGUGGCUACAUUUUAGGAAUGAAUUCUGAAAAUUUGGAAAUGGAAGAGCCCAUGUCGGAAGAUCCAGAAAAUAUUACAUUGGUACCUGCCGAAGAACGUACUGCUAAAGCACGUUGUACAAUACGUACAACUCGUAUUAAACAAGAACAGGAAUCCGAAGAUGAAGCGGAAGAAGUACAGAGAGCAAUUGCAAAUGCUGACCACAAAAAUAUUUACAUGAUGGAAGUUACCAGUAAUAAUUCUGGACAAGGAGAAUCGAUGAAGUUGCAACCCAUUUCGGAUACCAUAGUUGAAGCCAGUGAAGAAUUGAAGGUAUUUAAAUGUGAUAAAUGUCCGAAAGCAUUUACUCGAAGGGUAAUGCUAAAGAGCCAUCAAUCUGUUCAUUCGACGCAAAGGGGCUAUACAUGUCAGGCCUGUGAAAAGUGGUUCCCCACAAGAUCAGCUUUAGUGAGGCAUGAACGUACUCACACAGGUGAAAAACCAUUUGGUUGUAACAUUUGUCAUCGAGCAUUUGCCCAGAAAGAAAUUUUACUUAGACAUUUGAUGACACAUUCUGGACAAAAACCUUUCCAGUGUCAACACUGCGAUAAGAGCUUCACUCAACGUGAAGCAUUAAAGGUGCACAUGAGAAGACACCAAAAACUUGAUCCAAAUGAUAUUCAAUUGCAUCACUGUCAACUCUGCCCUAAAGCCUUCUGUCAUGCAUCUGGGCUUAGUAGACAUCUAGUUACACAUACUGGAAGAACGUAUAAAUGUGUAGAAUGUGAAAAAUCAUUUACUGAUAAAAGUUCAUUGUUAAGGCACAGUCGCAUCCAUGCACCGAAAAAGAUAUUAACAAAUUAAAUUUAUUCAUAAUUAUAAAAAGGAAAUCAACCAGCAUUCAUUUAACCCUUUGAGUACAAAGUACUUUAGACACUGAUUUACACGAUGAAGUAUCUGUAGAAUUUUUUUUUUUUGUAUCACAUAUUGUAUAAAAACAUAAAUUAUCUAUGUACACAGGGUUAAGUUUUUCUCAUAAAAUAAAUAUACGAAUAACACGUAAUUUGUAUUUCGACAAUCAUGAAAAUUUUACUAGAUCUAUAAACUUUCAUAGUACUCAAAGGGUCAAUAAAAAACAUUUUUCAAGAA